AUGACGGAUGCCCAGUCGUUGUCGUCAUCCAUGCCAUAUCGAUCGGAGUCGACAACUUCCAGUGCUACAGGGCGGACCCUGAUGGGCAAUCUGGGAGCGAAACUCACUUUGCACGAACGUGCCGAUGGUGUUAAGGACCAGCGAGACAACGAGCGCAAUUAUCACUGCUCGAAUCACGCUGUUGGGGAGGAUGUGAUGCUUGUGCAUGCUUUGGGUCGUGACGAUGUGCGAGGCGGGGAGUGCUCGAGCUUCUGUAAGUCUUAUGAAGUGCCAAGAGUAGUUAGAUGCGCGUUACCCGAUGACCCCGUCUUGUUCCAGUAUCCCCGGUCUAAUGUACAUCACCUGGUUAGUUGA